AUGUCCAUUCGUUCAAUUUCCAGCCAGCUCCUUGUCUCGACUUUGGCCUUGAGCAGCCUUUGUCUUGGCCAAAAGACCGGAAAGUUCAACUUUCUCACCUACAACGUGGCAGGUCUUCCAGAAAUCAUCAAUGGCAACGAUGUUCCUGGUGACAAGAAGACCAACUCCAACCUGAUCGGUACUGCUUUUGCCACUCAAGGAUUCGACAUUGUGCACAUGCAGGAAGACUUCAACUUCCACGCCUACAUCUACGCGACUGACAACCACCCUCAGCGAACUCCCACUUCUGGCGGUGUACCUUUUGGAGAUGGUCUCAACACUGUGGCCAACUACCCAUGGUCCACUUUCAGCCGCAAGAAGUGGAACAAAUGCAACCUGAACUCUGGAGACUGCCUCACUCCCAAAGGCUUCAGCUUCAUGCGCAUGGCUAUCGGUGGAGUCGAAGUUGAUCUCUACAACCUUCAUGCCGAUGCUGGAUCUGACAAGGGCGACGUUGAUGCUCGCUCGGCUGGUAUUGACCAGGUCCUUGCCUACAUCAAUUCCAACUCCAAUGGCCGAGCAGUUAUCAUUGGUGGCGACACAAACGACAGAUGGACCAACGCUGGACGAAGCCUUAACAAGCUGACAGACGCUGGCUUCAGCGAUGCUUGGGUUCAGCUCAUCCAAGGUGGCAAGUAUCCCACUGCUGGGGCUGCCGCAGACCCAUGCAAGGUUCCUGCCGCAGACAACAAGUGCGAGAUUGUCGACAAGGUUUUCUACCGAUCUGGAAACUCUGUCAAGCUCAGCGCUACUUCUUUCAACUACGUGCCCAAGCUCUUUCUUCAGCCCGAUGGAAACAUCCUUUCCGACCACAACCCUGUUCUGGUCGAUUUCACCUACAGCUCUUAG